CGGGGAUGGGGAAUUAAAACCCAAAUCCGUCCUUAACGGGUUCGGGUUGGGUUCGGGUAUCCCCGCCCCGCCACCAUGUAUUUCGUAAAAUCAAUUUUUUUAAUAAAAAUAUUUACUUUUUCAAAAAUCAAAUUACAUUAUAAAUAACAAAAUAAAACAAUCUCAAAAAAUUUCAUACAUAUAUUUCAAAUAUUUAAAAUAAUAAAUACAAAUCAAAUUAUUAAAAUAUUAGCCACAUAUUUAAUAAUAUAAAUUAUGAAAUAUAAAUAAUAAUGUACAUAUUGAAAUAAACGGGGCGGGUUCGGGGACGGGUUCGGGGUGGGUACUAGUGUCCCCAUUACCCGACCCAUCCCCAUGUUUUCUAAUCGGGGAAAACCCAAACCCGAACCCGAACCCAGUCAAAGCGGGUUUUCCCCGUCAACUUCGGGGCGGGUUCGGGUGGGUACCCGUGGGUCUGGGUUUUAUUGCCAUGUCUAAUUGCACCAAUAGAAGGAACGCUAUAAACUCUCAGAAACGAAAAUUACGCCAUUGCAGCACCAAACUUUGCUGUUACAGUUGCAGUAUGCUUCAAAAGUUUGAUUUUUGUUAAAGGGCUUUUCAUUUUAAGCUUCUCAUUGUUCUAUCCACAUUAUCAUUAUAUUAUUCACUUCAUAACCAUUUUUUAUUCCGUGUGCACCGUUUUCUGCAUUUGAAAGUUGUUGUAAACCGCGUUAAAUUUGAGCUUCAAGUGGUGGAGUUGUCAUUGGAGGUGGAUCCAAUUGCAAGCUGAGUUUUUCGUCAGAUCUUUCUUGGAAUAUGGCUGCUGCGUCUGCCAAUCUUAUAGUUGGGACCCAUGUUUGGUUGGAGGAUUCUGAUGUAGCUUGGAUAGAUGGCGAGGUCUUGGAGAUUAAAGGAGAACAAAUCAAAGUCCUUUGCACUUCCGGGAAGGCGGUUGUUGUUAAAGCCUCCAGUAUUUAUCAUAAAGAUACCGAAGUUCCACCGUGUGGAGUGGAUGAUAUGACAAAGCUCGCAUACCUGCAUGAACCUGGAGUCCUAAGUAAUCUGAGAUCAAGAUACGAAAUCAAUGAAAUUUAUACUUACACUGGGAAUAUAUUGAUUGCUGUGAACCCGUUCAUAAAGCUUCCUCAUUUAUAUGAUAGCCAUAUGAUGGCGCAAUACAGAGGAGCAGCAUUUGGUGAGUUAAGUCCACAUCCCUUCGCUGUUGCUGAUGCAGCAUAUAGGCUCAUGAUAAAUGAUGGAAUCAGCCAGUCGAUAUUGGUGAGUGGUGAAAGCGGUGCUGGUAAAACAGAAAGUACUAAGUUACUCAUGCGAUAUCUUGCUUACAUGGGAGGGAGAGCGGCUGUUGCUGAAGGUAGAACUGUCGAGCAAAAAGUCCUCGAGUCAAAUCCCGUCCUAGAAGCUUUUGGCAAUGCAAAGACUGUGAGGAACAAUAAUUCAAGUCGGUUUGGUAAGUUCGUGGAGAUUCAAUUUGAUAAAAAAGGAAGAAUAUCAGGCGCUGCUAUCAGAACUUAUCUUCUGGAAAAAUCACGUGUUUGCCAAGUGUCAGAUCCUGAGAGGAAUUACCAUUGCUUCUACAUGCUCUGUACUGCACCUACAGAGGAUGUUAAGAAGUACAAAUUAGGGCAUCCAAGAACGUUUCAUUAUCUGAAUCAAUCAAAUUGCUAUGAAUUAACCGGGGUUGAUGAAUCUAAAGAAUAUAGCGCUUUAAGAAACGCAAUGGAUGUUGUUGGAAUAGGUUCUGAGGAACAGGAUGCAAUAUUUAAAGUUGUUGCUGCAAUUUUGCAUCUUGGGAACAUUGAAUUUGUGAAAGGGGAGGAGAUAGAUUCAUCUAUGCCCAAAGAUGAUAAAUCCCGGUUCCACCUACAGACUGCAGCUGAGCUUUUUAUGUGUGAUGCAAAGGCACUUGAAGAUUCUCUUUGCAAACGUGUACUUGUUACUCGUGAUGAAACAGUUACAAGAUGGCUGGAUCCAGAAGCUGCUGCACAAAGUCGAGAUGCGUUGGCUAAGAUUGUAUACACAAGACUGUUUGACUGGUUGGUUGCUACAAUAAAUAAUUCCAUCGGCCAAGAUCCCGAGUCAAAAUCCAUAAUUGGUGUGCUGGAUAUUUAUGGUUUUGAGAGUUUCAAGGCUAACAGUUUUGAGCAAUUUUGUAUUAAUUUGACCAAUGAAAAGCUUCAGCAGCAUUUUAAUCAGCAUGUUUUCAAAAUGGAGCAAGAAGAAUACAAAAAAGAAGAAAUUGAUUGGAGUUACAUUGAAUUUGUGGAUAAUCAAGAUAUUCUGGAUCUGAUUGAAAAGAAACCUGGUGGCAUUAUUUCGCUUUUGGACGAAGCUUGUAUGUUUCCUAGAUCAACGCAUGAAACUUUUUCCCAAAAGUUGUAUCAGACCUUCAAAGACCAUAAAAGGUUUAGCAAGCCCAAAUUAUCACCUAGUGACUUCACAAUAUGCCAUUAUGCUGGUGAUGUCACUUAUCAAACUGAGUUUUUCCUUGACAAGAACAAAGAUUAUGUUGUUGCGGAACACCAGGCACUUCUUAAUGCUUCCAAAUGCUCCUUUGUGUCGGGCUUGUUUCCCCCUUCACCUGUGGAAACUUCUAAGCAAUCUAAGUUCUCUUCAAUAGGCUCCGGAUUUAAGCUUCAAUUGCAAUCUCUACUUGAAACUCUAAGUUCCAGCGAGCCACACUACAUUCGAUGUGUGAAACCUAAUAAUCUUCUUAAACCGGCAAUUUUUGAGAAUAAAAAUGUUUUGCAGCAACUGCGCUGUGGGGGAGUUAUGGAAGCAAUUAGGAUUAGCUGUGCUGGAUAUCCCACUAGAAAAACUUUCGAUGAAUUUGUCGAUCGAUUUGGCCUUCUUGCUUCCGAAGCAUUGGACAGAAGUUCUGACGAGGCCACUGCUUGCAAGAGGAUUCUCAAGAAUGUUGGACUUGAGGGUUAUCAGAUUGGUAAAACAAAGGUGUUUCUUCGAGCUGGUCAAAUGGCAGAACUAGAUACCCGUAGAAGUGAGAUCUUAGGAAAGUCAGCAAGUAUUAUUCAGAGGAAAGUCCGCUCCUAUUUGGCACAUCAAAGUUUCAUUUCACUUCGUUUGUCAGCCGUGCAGAUUCAAGCUGCAUGCAGAGGACAACUUGUGAGGCAAGUUUUCGAGGGAAUACGGCGGGAGGCUUCUAGUCUGCUCAUUCAAAGGUGUCUCCGCAUGCAUAUUGCUAGGAAGGCGUACAAAGAAAUGUAUGUCUCUGCUGUCUCUAUCCAGACUGGUAUGCGGGCAAUGGGUGCUCGAUGUGACCUACACUUUAGAAGAAGAACUGCUGCAACUGUUGUCAUUCAGAGCCACUACAGGAAAUACUUGGCACAACUUCAUUUCACGAAAUUAAAGAAGGCAGCAAUUGCAACACAAUGUGCAUGGCGAGGAAAAGUUGCCCGGCGAGAAUUGCGGAAACUCAAGAUGGCUGCGAGAGAAACAGGGGCUCUCCAAGAUGCCAAAACUAAGCUUGAAAAACAAGUUGAAGACCUUACAUUGAAGUGGCAGCUGGAAAAACAUUUAAGGGUGGCCAUUGAAGAAGCCAAAACAAAAGAAAAUGAAAGAUUACAGUCAGAGUUGCUAGAGAUGCAAUUUAAGUUCAAAGAAACGAAAUCACUUCUUGAAAAGGAGCGGGAGGCUACAAAAAUAUUGGAGGAGAAAGUUCCUGCCAUUCAAGAGGUUCCAGUUGUUGACCAUGCUUUGUUGGAGAAGCUAAGUAGUGAAAACGAGAAACUCAAGAACUUGGUGAGUUCACUGGAAAAGAAAAUUGAUGAAACAGAAAAAAGGUAUGAAGAGGAAACUAAAGUUAGUGAAGAAAGGUUGAAGCAAGCUUUGGAUGCAGAAUCGAAAGUAAUCCAGAUGAAGACUGCCAUGCAAAGGCUUGAAGAGAAAUUUGCAGACAUGGAACUUGCAAAACAUAUUCUUCAAACACAACCUCUGUUAAACCCGUCUAUGAAAACGACAGCGGAGAACUUCUCUACUCCUGUAUCUGAGAAGUUGGUAAAUGGUCACCAUGCAGCAGAAGAACAGAAUGACGUUGAUGCAUUUGUUACUCCUGUGAAAGUGAAACAACUUGGCACCGAAUCUGACUCAAAAUUGAAGAAAUCAUGCAGUGAACGACGUCAUGGGAGUUUCGACUCACUUGUCAACUGUGUUAGUAAAAAUAUUGGGUUCAACCAUGGAAAGCCUAUUGCUGCAUUUACCAUUUACAAAUGUCUUCUCCACUGGAAAUCAUUUGAAGAUGAAAGAUCUAGUGUAUUUGAUCGCCUUAUCCAGAUGAUUGGUUCCGCAAUUGAGGAUCAAGAUGACAAUGAUCUUAUGGCCUAUUGGAUGUCAAAUUUAUCAGCAUUAUUGUUUUUACUUGAACAAAGCCUGAAUACUGGGAAUUCAACAAAUUCAACUCCGGUUGGAAAACCGCCUAAUCCAACAUCCCUCUUUGGAAGAAUGACUAAGAGUUUUCUUUCAUCCCCUUCAUCUGCCAGCUUUGUUUCCCCUUCAUCAGUGGUUGUACGCAAGGUAGAGGCUAAGUACCCUGCUUUACUUUUCAAGCAGCAGCUCACAGCCUAUUUGGAGAAAAUAUAUGGCAUCAUUCGAGAUAACUUGAUGAAGGAGUUAACGUCGGUUCUUGCACUAUGUAUCCAGGCACCAAGAACAUCAAAGGGAGUGUUACGCUCUGCCCGGUCCAUUGGUAAAGAUUCCCCAAUGGCUCAUUGGCAGAAUAUUAUCGCAUCCCUCAACGCCCUCUUAUGCACGUUGAAAGAGAACUUUGUGCCUCCAGUUCUUAUCCGAAAGAUCUUCAGUCAAACAUUCUCAUAUAUCAACGUGCAACUCUUCAAUAGUCUUCUAGUUCGUCCCGGUUGUUGCUCAUUCAGCAAUGGGGAAUAUGUGAAAGCUGGACUAGCUGAAUUAGAGCUGUGGUGCUGCCAAGCAAAGGAGGAGUAUGCAGGAACGUCUUGGGAUGAACUCAAACACAUAAGACAGGCUGUUGGGUUCUUGGUUAUUCAUCAAAAGUAUAGGAUUUCGUACGAAGAAAUCGUUAAUGAUUUAUGCCCUAUUUUGAAUGUCCAGCAGCUGUGUAAAAUAUGUACACUUUAUUGGGAUGAUAACUACAAUACACAAAGCGUAUCACCUCAUGUCCUUGCUAGCAUGAGGAUGGACUCCAAUAAUCCUCAUAGCGAUUCUUUCUUGUUGGAUGACAGUUUUAGCAUUCCCUUCUCAGUGGAUGACCUCUCUGCAUCACUGCAAGAGAAGGACUUCUCAGACAUGAAACCAGCAGACGAACUUCUUGAGAAUCCAACAUUCCAAUUUUUAAAUGAGUAACCUUACCAUACUUUUUUGAUUGUGCCAUUUGGUGCUUGUAUAUAAGCCAUUUUAUAUUUACUUUAUAGAUUUUUUUUCCUUUAAAAGAAAAUUAUAGUUCAUUUUCUGGCCAUAUCCCUGCAAUCCUGCAUCAUGAGCAUGAUGCUACCCCAGCUGUAUAGUUAUUUUUUCCCAUUCUUUUGUUAGGCAUUCAUUUGUUAGCAUUCAACUAUAAUAUAUAUAGUAAUGAAAAUCAGGAACUUGAACAAUAGUGUUUACUUUCUUAUUUUUCGCUAGGACAUUUCUGUAGAUGUAAAGAUGUUUUUUGGUGGAUAAUCUGUAAGUAUUUCUAUAAAUGCUACUUGACUCGGAUGAAUUCUAGAAUCCACCUCGAAAAGUUAGUAAAAAUUGUGAAGAUUUGAAACAUUUUGUGGCCAACCCAUUUGAAAUUCACAUGGCACAAGCCCAAUAAAAGGGUUUGGGACCAAGUUCUUAUUAUUUUGGACCACCCUAUACUCUUGUCUAAAUUUGCAGGCAUUACAACUGUGACCUUACUAUUGAGUGAUUGUGGAUUUGGAUAAGCUUUGGUUUACAAGAAAACGAGUAACGGAGUUUAUUCCAGGUUAUGAUUUCUGGUCCAUUCUUUGUGCCAGUGUUACUUCACCUGAUUUUCUCAUCAAUUGUUGGCCCAUUUUUUCCAAGGGCUACAAGGUCCUUACCCUAGACCUAAGCAUAUGUAAGCUAGGUGUGGAAAUUCUCUUACCAUUCACAUUCUCAUCAUAAUUUUCAAUGAUUUGGUAUUGUUAGAUUUAAUUCACUUUAAUACGCGUCAAUGUUUGAUGUCAAAUGAUUGGUCAUAUUCUCAAUUUUAGCCUCAAAGCUUUUAAGAAAGUAGCAUUUUUUUAAUAAUAAUAAAAUUGUCACUUUUCAUCAUCAUAUGAAUGUUAAUGUUUUUUUUACGUACUUUUCCGUAUUGUAUUAUAUAAUGUUUUGAUUAUUUAUAACUUAAAGAACAAAAUAAUUGUGAAGGUCUCAAACUCCUUGAGGGUUGGAAUUGUGUCAAAGUGGAGAUUAAUAUGGAUUCCACUAAGGUCUUUAAGGCUCUUGAGAAGAGAUGCUUUGAUAUGAUUGAGAGUUUAUCUCUUCUUAAUUAGAUCUGUCGGAUUAUUGAUAGUUGGAUGAAAAAAUUAUUUGUCACUCGUACAGAGAGGCGAACAAAUGUGUUGAUGUUCUUGCUACAAUGGGAUGUGAAAUUCGAAAUGACAUGGUUAUAUAUCAUGGUGCGCCUAACUGCAUUGUGAGACUGAUUCAGAAGGAUGCUAGAGGUGCUUGCAGAGAUAAGCUAGUGUGCGUGUAGUUUCAUUGUUUUCGAACUUAGGCCCUC